UGCAUCAGAAUCGCAAUAUCCGGGAACGUCAUCAGCCCUUACCCGGCAACUCUGCCUGCUUACAGCACUGCCGAGAUUAGUAGAAGGUAUCUCUUAAAGUGAGUUAACUUUUCGCUUGUUAUGGCUGACCAGGCUGUCGUGGAGAAAAUGAGCGAAUUGAAGGUGGACGCGAAAAAAAAGGGGGGAAGUGAAAGUGCUAAAGAUGGAGGAAAGAAGAAGGCUAAACGUGCUGUGGGGGAGUCUGGAAGCAGAUCUGAGCUGACGCCAGCACCCCAGUACAUCGAUGAGCGCCUCACUCUGUACACUCGGCUGAAAGCGGAGCACGAUGCGCUGAUGGCGGAGAGGGCUGCGAAGAACAGCCGAGCCAUCAAGGUGACUCUGCCCGACGGAAAGGUGGUGGAUGCCGAGUCCUGGAAUACCACACCAUACCAGGUGGCCAGUGGAAUCAGUCAAGGCCUCGCCGACAACACGGUGAUUGCUAAGGUGAACAACGGUGUGUGGGACCUGGACAGACCGUUGGAGGAAGACUGCAGCCUUCAGUUGCUCAAGUUUGAUGAUGAGGAGGCUCAAGCUGUUUACUGGCACUCCAGCGCCCACAUCUUAGGUGAAGCCAUGGAGAGGGUGUACGGAGGCUGCCUCUGCUAUGGCCCCCCCAUCGAGAGCGGCUUCUACUACGACAUGUUCCUGGAGAGCAACGAGGGCGUAUCGAGCAACGACUAUCCGUGUCUGGAGACCUUGUGCAAGAAAAUUAUCAAGGAGAAGCAGCCGUUCGAGAGGUUGGAGAUAAAGAAGGAAACUCUGUUGGAAAUGUUCAAGUACAACAAGUUCAAGUGCCGCAUUCUGAAUGAGAGGGUCACCACUCCCACCACCACCGUGUACAGGUGUGGUCCCCUAAUUGACUUGUGUCGCGGGCCCCAUGUGAGACAUACAGGAAAAAUCAAGGCCCUUAAGAUCCACAAGAAUUCGUCUACAUACUGGGAGGGUAAGGCGGACAUGGAAACCCUCCAGAGGAUCUACGGAAUCUCCUUCCCUGACCCCAAAAUGCUGAAAGAGUGGGAGAAGUUUCAGGAGGAAGCCAAGAACAGAGAUCACCGCAAACUGGGCCGGGAGCAGGACCUGUUCUUCUUCCACGACCUGAGUCCAGGGAGCUGCUUCUUCCUGCCUAAGGGGGCCUUCAUCUACAACACCCUGAUCGAGUUCAUCAGAGUAAGACAAACCUGUGUGACCCACGCCGGGUCUAAAUGGGUUCUUCCCUUUUCCCCAGGCCUCCCUGCCAAUUUAAACUCUCCUUUCUUGUGUCUUGAAGUUCAGAGUGAGAUCACAACGAUUACCCGGCGUGGGUCACACAGUCUGAUGUUCGAUCACCGGCCGCGCUCCUGGAGAGAGUUGCCCAUUCGCAUGGCCGACUUCGGCGUCCUGCACAGGAACGAGCUGUCGGGGGCCCUGACGGGCCUGACCCGGGUCCGCCGCUUCCAGCAGGACGACGCUCACAUCUUCUGCACCAUGGACCAGAUUGAGGAGGAGAUCAAGGGCUGCCUGGACUUCCUGCGCACUGUGUACGAGGUCUUCGGGUUCACUUUCAAACUCAACCUCUCCACCCGACCGGAGAAGUUCCUGGGGGACCCGGAGGUCUGGGACCAAGCAGAGAAGCAACUGGAGAACAGCUUGAUUGCCUUCAAGGAGAAAUGGGUCCUCAACCCCGGUGACGGAGCGUUUUACGGGCCGAAGAUCGACAUCGAGAUCAAGGACGCCAUCGGCCGCUACCAUCAGUGCGCCACGAUCCAGCUCGACUUCCAGCUCCCGAUCCGCUUCAACCUCUCCUUCGUCAGCCAAGAUGGUGACGACAAGAAGAGACCAGUGAUCAUCCACAGGGCCAUCCUGGGAUCAGUAGAGAGGAUGAUCGCUAUUCUGACUGAGAACUACGGAGGCAAAUGGCCGCUGUGGCUCUCUCCUCAGCAGGUGAUGGUUGUACCCGUGGGACCGACCUGUGAAGAAUACGCUCAGAAGGUCCAGCAGGAGUUCCACAACAAUGGCUUCAUGACCGACGUGGACCUGGACCCCAGCUGUACUCUGAACAAGAAGAUCAGAAACGCACAGCUGGCGCAGUUCAACUUCAUCCUGGUGGUGGGAGAGAAGGAGAAGACCAGCAACACUGUGAACGUACGCACCCGGGACAACAAAGUCCACGGCGAGCGCACCGUGGAGGAGUGCGUGGAGCGUCUGAAGCAACUCAAGACCUGCAAGAGUCGCAACGCUGAGGAGGACUUCUGAGCUCUCACACUCUGUCUACAGUACCUCCGAUCUGGUAACUUUUAAAAUGGGCCAUGUGGUUGAAAUUAGUUUGUUGGUGAGGGAUGGAACUAUUUUCACAUUUGUGCCUAGUCGCUCCUUUUUGUCCUCAUGGAAAUCACAUUAUUUUACAUUAGAUUAUUAUUGUCUUCUUUUUUUUUUUGGUGUCCUGAGUCGCUAUAUUUUUGCUUACCAAGUCUCUGUUCUUCAUGGAAUGAAGUAUAAUUGUUCUUGAAUAUAACCACUGUGAUCAGGUCUUUGAACAGCUGAUGGAUGAACUGAUUAAAACAGGGGAAAUGGUUUUGCUACAUUGUCUUUAACAGUUUGUAUCUUGAAAUUCUUUCUUCAGGGAAUUGUAAGAGUUACAAUUUUGAUAAUUAAAUGGUCUAUUCUUAA